CGCAACAGUUUUAAUUCACAUCAAUUAACACCAAUGUCGUUGUCCGUUCCGAGCUGAAGAACUUAAUGAAGAUAGUCAGAAAGUAAAAUCACGACUGCACGUAUACCUUACUACAUUGAGCUGCCGAAGACACCCAAAAACCCUGCAAUUUUAUUAACAACUUCUUUUCGUGCCCAAUCAAUCUCCGUCAGUUGCUCGUAAAACAUUACUCGAAACGGAUCAUACAGAGCUCAGAAUUUCCAUUUCAUCCCUCGAAAUGUUAUCUCUGAUUCUGACGGCGGUCAUACCCCUCUUGGGAGUGAUUCUGUACUGGAACUUCCGGUCUCGAUAUCGGUUCGCGGAUAAGUGGCCCACCCUGCGGCCGGUUUACCCUUUGGUCGGAAACGCGCCCAUAGUGCUCGGGAAAAACGAAAUCGAACGGUUCGAAACCAUUCGCGACGUGUGCAUUUCGGCGGAUCGGAUUCUGAAGGUGUGGGCGGGACCCAGGUUGCUGCUGGUGACCAGCCAUCCCGAUUUGAUCCAGCAGAUCCUGACCAGUCCGGUGUGCCUGGAGAAGCCGUACCUGUAUCGGUUUGCCGGAUUCGAGGAAGGGCUUUUUACGGCUAAGUAUCACGUCUGGAAACCGGCCCGAAAGCGGCUGAACCCGGCCUUCAACCUACGGAUCAUUCACGGAUUUGUGCCGAUUAUGGUAAAAUGUGCUCGGAAGAUGAUCGCCCGGCUGAACGAGUGUCCCGAUGGGGCAACCGUUGACAUUAUCAAGUAUACGGCCCUGUGCACGUUGGAGAUGGCUUGCGGAACGACGCUGGGCAGCGAUGUUCUGGACAGGGACGGGAAGGAGGAGUUCAAGCGUGGAUUGGAUGAGGCAUUCAAUGGAGCUGCGCGGAGAAUGAUGACAGUUUAUUUGUAUCCCGACAUCAUCUACAAGAUGACCCGGUAUUACAAAGAGUUGACGGAAGCACGGAAGAUCGUUUGUGAUUUUUUCACUAAGCUGAUAGUUGAAAGAAAGGAAGUCCUACAACAGCAACAGCUUACCAAGGGUGAAAACAACAAUGACGAAGAUAUAACUGAGGAAGACAACCACAAGCCGAAAAUCCUGGUUGACCUGUUACUCAGCAAUUCCUCCGAUGGCAAGCCAUUUAGUCAAGCACAAAUCACCGACAACGCUUACGCCGUCAUCACUGGGGCCGUCGACACGACCGGAUUGCUCACCGCACACGCGUGCCUCUUCCUGUCGUUCUACCCGGAUAUUCAGGACCGCCUGUUUGCCGAAAUCAAUCAAUACUUCCCCGCCGGGAGCGAGGACCAGGAAAUCACCCACGAGCAUCUCAAAGACCUAACCUACACGGAGAUGUUCAUGAACGAAGUGCAACGCCACUGGACGGCCGUUCCGGCGAUAGCUCGGGAAAACACGGCCGAGAUCGAAAUCGAUGGCGUCAAGGUUCCACCGGGAAACGUUUUCGGAUUGAGCUUGCACGCCUUGCACCAGAGGAAGGACGUUUGGGGUCCAGACGCGGACAAAUUCGAUCCGGAAAAUUUCAGCGAAGAACGGGUUAAGAACCGGCACCCGUUUGCGUUUCUUCCGUUCAGCGGGGGGACUCGAAUUUGUUUGGGUUGGCGAUAUGCUUCAUUCAGCAUGAAAACGAUCAUGGUACAUUUGGUGCGCAAUUUUAGGUUCAGCUCAAAAAUCAAACCGGAAGACAUUCGGUUCAAACACGAUUUGACGAUGAAGUUGCCGUUCGAACACUUGGUGCAGAUUACCAAAAGGAACCCCGAAAGAGUCUAAUGUUUGUAAUUCAUUCCGAUUGCUUGUAAAUUAGCAUCGUCUACACAAAAUUGGCAUUGAAACACGAAUAUGAAAUGUUAUUUACUAA